AUGUCCUGUCCACUGGGUAGCGACAACGUACUAGGACCACGAAUACUCGAAGAGUGUCGCCCAUUUGACUUUACCUUGCUUUUUGAAGAUGCGAUCUUCGCCGUUGUACCAGCGAGCACGUUUCUGCUAUUGGCAGCCUGCCGUUUGCCAUCACUGAUCCGCGCGCCGAUCAAAGUCACGUCGCAUCGACUUGCGGCGUGGAAACUGGGAGCCCUUGCCGUAUCAUUAACUUUCCAAAUCCUACACCUAGCUUACCAACAAGAAACGUCAUUGCUAUACACAAACGCAUCGUUGGCAGCGAGCCUUCUCCAGCUAUUUGCAGUGGCUGCAGCUGCACUACUAUCAUGGCUAGAAGAUCAGCGCUCCGUCCGACCAUCGGAUAUUAUGGUGCUUUACUUCUUUGUCGCUACCCUUCUCGCUCUGCCUCGAGCACGUACCCUAUGGCUACUUUCACCAGUCGUCAAAUUGCAAGCUAUAUUGUGGACGUUAGUUACUAUCGCUACAGCUGGCGUACUAUGCAUCGAGUCAAUUCACAAGACUCAAGUUCUACGCCUGGCGUACCAGCAGUCAAGCAAAGAGUACACUUCCAGCUUCUGGGUUCGUAGCUUUUUUAUCUGGGUUCUUCCGCUCUUCCAGAGUGGAUUCAGCUCCAUCCUUGCUCUCCAUGAUAUGCCCGAAGUGGAUCGUACUCUGCAAGGACAGUCGGCAGAGAACCGGCUUCACCAAGCCUGGGCGAAGAGUCAAAAGGCCCGAAAGUACAAAUUGGUUCGCGCGACAUUCCGUGCAUAUCUGUGGCCGUUCGUCAGUGCAGUGGUGCCUCGACUGUGUCUGACGGCAUUCACGUUCUGCCAGCCAUUUCUCAUUUCUGCAACUCUAGACUUCAUCAGCGAUACACCAACUUCGGAAAAUAGCUAUUAUGGACCUGCACUAGUGGGCGCCUUUGUAUUGACCUAUCUAGGGAUGGCGAUAUCCACUGCUGUAUACUGGCGCCAGACAUUCCGGUUCAACACGACUAUCCGAGCAGGUCUCAUUUCGUUAAUCUACCGGCAGACAAACAAGAUGCAUGCCGGUGAAUUCAAAACAGAGUCGUCCAUCACACUUAUGGGUACAGAUGUGGAACGCAUUGUAAGGCACUUCUGGAGUAUCCAUGAGGCAUGGGCGGGUCCCGUCGAUGUGACCAUAGGUGUCUUCCUUCUGGCUCGCCAGCUAGGUGUUGCCUCCUUGAUCCCUGCAGUCAUUUCAAUCAUUGUGGUGAUUGCGACCAUUCCAAUUUCCCAAAGGUCCGGCACGGGCCAGAAACGAUGGAUUGAACGAGUUCAGAUGCGCCUGGAUACCACCUCCAGCAUGUUGAACGAUAUGAAAUCUGUCAAGAUGCUAGGUCUUGGAGACAAGCUCUAUGCUUGCGUGUCCACACUCCGCCAGGUGGAAUUGAAAGUCUCACAGAAAUUCCGUGUCUUGCUCAUCUGGCAGGUAGUUCUAUCAAAUAUGCCCGUGACUUUUGCACCUUUCGCCACCUUUGCGAUAUAUGCAAUCAUUCAAUCGGUUCGCGGGGGCCAAUCUCUUUUGGCUAAUCGAAUGUUCACAUCGCUGUCGUUAAUCUCACUGAUGACGGACCCACUACUCAUUUUCAUUCAGACACUCCCAUCACUAUGGGAGGCUGUGUCUUGCUUCAGCCGCAUUGAACAGUAUUGCACCAAGGCAUCGAUGGAGACAUCAGUUGAUAAUGUGACUACCGAAGACGGACUGGAGCUCUCCUCGCGACCAUCUUCCACGGCAUCCCCAAGAUCCGUGAUCGAGUUCCAAAAUGCCGGUUUCUCAUGGACAUCAACUGGGCCUCAAUUUCUUCAUGGCAUUAAUUUCACCGUUGAAAAGGGGCAAAUCACUGCGAUUAUUGGGCCGGUCGGGAGCGGCAAGAGUACACUCUUGGAGAGUUCCUUGGGUGAAACAACUCUCAGAGAAGGUUCCUUAUCGCCAUUCUCAACAAGCGUCGCUUAUUGUCCUCAGACUCCUUGGAUCAUGAAUGACACUAUUCGUCAAAAUAUCAUCGGUCCGGCUGAAUAUGAUCCGAAAUGGUAUAACUUUGUGGUCUGGGCUUGUGCCUUGGAAACUGACUUUGAAAACAUUGCUGGUGGCGACAUGUCCAAGGCUGGAAGUUCCGGUAUAACAUUGAGCGGUGGACAGAAACAAAGAAUUUCAUUAGCUCGAGCCGUCUAUUCUCGAGCCCCGACACUUGUGCUUGAUGAUGUCUUUAGUGGCCUCGACAACAAGUCUGUCGUUGCUAUCACAACCCGCCUGCUAGCAUCAGAUGGUCACUUCCGUGAAUCCGGUAGGACAGCUAUCCUCGCGACACACAACAACCGCCUGUUACCCCACGCCGACAAGAUAGUCAUCCUCGAGAAUGGCACAGUGCGCAAGAUUGGUUCUUUCCAGGAAAUUGAGCCCGAGUUGCCCCAAGACCACCACAGUGACAGCGACGAUUCUUCCAACGAAGAAGUGACCGUAGCAGCGAAGCAAACACCUGCGGGCCAUCUUGACAAGGUAUUGAGCACCGCAGAGGAGGAAUCGGCUGUCGAGUUAAACCAGGCCCGUCGCGAUGGGAAAUGGUCCGUUUAUUCGUAUUACUUCAAAUCCGCCGGAUGGACUAUCAUGUUUACAUUGGUCGCGACUAUCUGUAUCUACGGAUUCACGGAUAAGUUUUCAUCAAUUUGGUUGGACCAGUGGUCAGAUGCGAACGAGAAGAAUCCCAACCAGUCACCUGCAAAGGCCCUUUUCGUUCCCAUUAUCAGCAACACGGGCCGCACUCUGCAUUCCCACCUGCUCAAAGCCACUUUAAAUGCACCAUUUAGCUUCUUCCAGAAGACUGAUGCAGGCUUAACGACUAAUAGGUUCAGUCAGGACUUGGAACUUAUCGACAUGGACCUUCCAGUUCAGGCAAUCAAUGCGAACAUGUCAUUUGCAAACUGCGUCGUUCAGUUGGUUUUACUCUGUAUCUUGGGUAAAUACCUCGCGAUAACGGUUCCCGCGCUCGGUAUCAUCCUCUUCUUUGUGCAAAGCUACUACUUGCGGACCUCCCGUCAAGUGCGACUACUCGAUAUCGAGGCGAAAUCCCCGCUGUUCACACACUUCGUGGAAACCAUGCAAGGCAUCAACGUCAUUCGGGCAAUGCGGUGGCAGGUUCCUUUCCAAACUCGUCUCCAGGAACUACUGAACCAGUCACAAAAGCCAUUUUACAUGCUGUUCUGCAUCCGGCAGUGGCUUCAAUUGGUGCUGGACUGUAUAGUGAUGGGACUUGCCGUUGUUCUCGUGUCAUUAGUCGUCUCUCUCCGAAGCCAAUUCAGUGCGGGCUCGAUCGGUGUUGCCCUCAACUUGAUUCUCGCGUUCAAUCAGGAUCUGAUGCAGUUUAUCAAAUCCUGGACUGUUCUUGAAACUUCCAUCGGAGCGGUUGCUCGUAUCCAGGAUUUUGUUGAGAGUACUCCAUCCGAGGAAAAACAGGAGGGUGAGCUCUCGACUGUUCCACCUCAAUGGCCUGAACGAGGAGACUUGACCUUCGACCGCGUGACAGCUUCAUACGGACCUGACUCCCCGUCGGUAUUGAAGGAGCUGUCCCUAGCUAUUAAGCCCGGUCAGAAAAUUGCCGUCUGUGGCCCAUCUGGUAGUGGAAAAACAUCACUUAUCCUAGGAUUGUUGCAGAUGAUUGAUCUGCAAGAGGGCAGCAUUACUCUGGAUGGAGUAGACCUCUCCAGACUGCCCUGCAGUACGGUACGCUCUCGAAUCAACGUUGUACCACAGGAACCUUUCUUCAUGCCCGGAACACUGCGAUUCAACUUGGACCGCCAACUGGAGGAUAAUCCAGUUCCUGACUCAAUUCUCAUACGGGCACUCGAGGCUGUGGGGCUAUGGAAGAAAGUACGCGAAGACUGUCCUGGCGGCGGGGAGUUAGAUCAGCCCCUGUCAAUUUCUAAUUGGUCCAUGGGUGAGCGACAGAUGCUUGCGCUUGCCCGAGCGCUGGUUAUGAAGAGUUCAGUCCUAGUUCUGGAUGAGGCAAUGAGCAGUGUGGACUGGGAGACCGAAGCCACAAUGCAAGAAAUCAUUGAGCGAGAAUUUACUUCUCACACUAUAAUUUCUGUCAUUCACCGACUGCGCUACGUGGAGAACUAUGAUAGAGUUGCACUGAUGAAGCAAGGCCGACUGGUGGAAUAUGCUAGUCCCCAAGAGCUCUUGGCAGCCCCGUCCCAAUUUGCGUCAUUCUAUUACGCGAAGAAGGCUUCCCGGUGA